ACACUAAAUAAACGGUGGCUUGACCUUGACGUGUUCAAGUGGGCCCACUCGCUCUCUCCCAAUCGGCAAAGCGAAAAUUGAGAGUCUUAAAAGAGUUUGGACGCAGCGAUCUUCGAAGACCAUAAACAAAGUUUCUAGGCGCCAUCCCAUCGCUUCUCAUCUCCUCCGAUUUUGUUACCGUUUUCAAACGUGAAAAGCAAAUGGCUGCAGGCAGGGUAGCUCAUGUCACACUACAAGGACCGAGUGUUGUCAAGGAGAUAUUGACAGGAAUGGGACUUGCUUUGUUUGCUGGUAGCUUUUGGAAAAUGCAUCAAUGGAAUGAGCAGAGGAAAGUGAGAGCUUUCUACGAUCUACUGGAGAAGGGUGAGAUCAGUGUCGUUGUUGAUGAAGAAUAGAUCUUACACUCUUACUCUUAUCAUGAUAUUAUGGAACACAUUCACAAGCUUGUGUUUAUCAUUUUUAUUUUUUUUUUGAAAAACCUCUUUGUAUUGCUCUUGGAACAGAGAUGACAUGUUUACGUUUUGCAACAAUUUCUGCAAAUAAGAGAUGAGUGAGACAGAUUUUGGUGGUUUAAUAAACCUUAUUUCAUGAUUUGUUA